AGACACAAUCUUUAAAUACAAAAUUAAAAUAAAAUUGUAUAACUCUCGUGUCGACUUUGUUGUCAACUUUAAUAGGCCGGCCAAACACUCGAUGUUGUAAUUUUGUGAAGAGUUUGUGUUUGCAAAACACGUCUUCUGUACGAUUUGCCAAAAAAUUUUCUUUCUCCAAUAUUUUUUGGAUGGUUACAAAACCCUGGAAAGAGCAUAGAGACAGUUUUUGAUCUGGUGGAGAUGGAGGACGGUGAGAGGCGCGAGCUUUUGCAAAUGUCAGACUCACAGUUGAUGGAUAUUGCCAGAUUUUGCAACCGUUUCCCAAACAUCAAUUUGGCAUAUGUUGUGGCUAACAGUCAUAAUGUUGUUGCUGGAGAAGAUGUCAGUGUGCACGUAACCCUUGAACGGGAUGAUCUCAAAGAGGGUGGGACUGAAGUUGGACCUGUUGAUGCCCCUAGAUACCCAGAAGCCAAGGAGGAAGGAUGGUGGCUCGUGGUUGGUGAUGUCAAGAACAACCAAAUUGUGACCAUUAAAAGGGUUACCCUGGGAAGGAAGUUGAAUGUCAAACUUGAUUUUGAGGUACCCAAGGAAAUAGGAGAGAAGACAUACACGUUAUACUUCAUGUGUGACUCCUAUGUAGGCUGUGACCAGGAGUAUACCUCACUAUUGAUAUCAAAGAGUCUUCUAAAGGGGUCUUUUCCCUAAAAAAUUUAAUUAAAACAAAGGUG